UUCAUCAGUUGAUAUGACCGGACAGGCGGCUUCGAAUUACAGCAUGAUGGGGACGUCGGGGUCUCCGCACAUGGAAUCGAGUCCAGAAAUACAGUCAACAUUCGUGGAACUUUCUGACCUAAACGACUUUAUUCCAGCGUCUUCACCCGAGAUAAAUGGACAGACGGCUUCGAGCUACAGCCCAGUGGAAACGUAUGAGUCUCCAGCCGUCGAUGUGAGUACUGAAGAAACGUCAGCAUCGGAAGAUUUUGAAGUAACUGACUUUGUUCCGGCAUCUUUGGCUGAGAUGACGGAAAACAGGACAUCGUAUCACACCGCCGUGGAGAACUCGGAGUCACCGGACAUAGAUUAGGGCCAAAAACAAACGUCAGCAUCCAUGCAAUCUUAUGACAU